CUUCCGGGAGCCUCGGGCUGAAGAUCGCAGGCGCUUCGGGCGGUGGGCUCUGCCACCGGGACCAUGCUGCUGCGAGCCGCUUGGAGGCGGGCGGCCUUGGCUGUGACUGCGGCUUCAGGGCAGAGGCCUGCGGCACCUACUCGGGAGCUGCGCCUGCGCGUUGCAGACCAUGCUCCCCAGUCGGCUGUUCCCUCAGAUACAGCCACUGCUCCGGAGUCAGUGCUGCGACCACUUUAUAUGGAUGUGCAAGCCACAACUCCUCUGGACCCUCGGGUACUUGACGCCAUGCUCCCUUACCUAGUCAACUAUUACGGGAACCCACACUCCCGGACACACACUUAUGGAUGGGAGAGUGAGGCAGCCAUGGAACAUGCUCGUCAGCAAGUAGCAUCUCUGAUUGGGGCUGAUCCUCGUGAGAUCAUUUUCACUAGCGGUGCUACUGAAUCCAACAACAUAGCAAUUAAGGGGGUGGCCAGGUUCUAUAGGUCACGGAAAAAGCAUGUGAUCACUACCCAGACGGAACACAAAUGUGUCUUGGACUCCUGCCGUUCACUGGAAGCUGAGGGCUUUCAGGUCACCUACCUCCCAGUGCAGAAGAGUGGAAUAAUCGACCUCAAGGAACUAGAGGCUGCUAUCCAGCCAGACACUGGCCUGGUUUCAGUCAUGACUGUGAACAAUGAGAUUGGAGUGAAGCAGCCUAUUGCAGAAAUAGGGCACAUUUGCAGUUCCAGAAAGGUUUAUUUCCAUACUGAUGCAGCUCAAGCGGUUGGAAAAGUUCCGCUUGAUGUCAAUGACAUGAAAAUUGAUCUCAUGAGCAUCAGUGGUCACAAAAUCUAUGGUCCCAAAGGAGUUGGUGCCAUCUAUAUCCGUCGCCGGCCCCGUGUGCGUGUGGAGGCCCUGCAGAGUGGAGGGGGGCAGGAGCGGGGUAUGCGGUCCGGGACAGUGCCUACACCCUUAGUGGUGGGGCUGGGGGCUGCGUGUGAGGUGGCACAGCAAGAAAUGGAGUAUGACCACAAGCGCAUCUCAAAGUUAUCGGAACAAUUGAUACAGAAGAUAAUGAAGAGCCUUCCAGAUGUGGUGAUGAAUGGGGACCCUGAGCACCAUUACCCUGGCUGUAUCAACCUCUCCUUUGCAUAUGUGGAAGGGGAGAGUCUGCUGAUGGCACUGAAGGAUGUUGCCUUAUCCUCAGGAAGUGCCUGCACCUCUGCAUCCCUGGAACCUUCUUACGUUCUGAGAGCAAUUGGCACCGAUGAGGAUUUAGCACAUUCUUCUAUCAGGUUUGGCAUCGGCCGCUUCACUACAGAGGAGGAAGUGGACUAUACAGCAGAGAAGUGCAUUCAACAUGUGAAGCGUCUUCGGGAAAUGAGCCCUCUCUGGGAGAUGGUUCAAGAUGGCAUUGACCUCAAAAGCAUCAAGUGGACCCAACAUUAGAAGAGUGGGCCCCUGACUUUAUGCUGGUCUAGUCCUUCCUGCCUCACCAACCCAUACACAAACAGCUACCUUGUUAUGCCCAGUGGAUGAUCCAGAUUGGCAUAGCCCAAUUUACUUCAGCAUCAGCUCGCCUGUGUGCCAGAAACACAAGGAAACUGUCUUUCCCCAGAUUCAGCUACUUUGGUGGGGAAAUACACCCCAUUUCUCUCCAGGAGUUCUUCUCUAUCAGUGUAAUAUGUGGACAUUUUCAUCAUAAAGCAGUAGAGACAUUUGCUGUGAUAUUGCUGCUGGACAUGUCUGCGUCCUCGGUGGAAAGAGCAAGAGGAACUAGAAGAAGGCUCUUUGUUCAGGGACCCCAACGGUCUGUAUGGACAUUUAAGUCAUUGCUUUCUGCUGCUCACCUGGACUGGUUUCUUCAGCAACAAGCAUAAUCAACUUCAAUUUAAUCUUUUUUGUGGCUUCAAAGAAUAUCUUUUCAUAUUGACUGUAGAACAAAUAGCAAGUUUCGUAGAUGGCUUGCCUCCUUUCCGUUCUCAUGCUUCGUCCUUUCUUCUUUUGAUCUAAUGGAGCUAGAAAUCAUCCGUAUGACUCCACCUGUUAUUCUAAUAAUUUGUUUCUUUCCUUAAAAUUUGUUAAUUUGAAGACUGGAGAAAUAAACUCACUUUGUAUUUA